AUGGCGGCUGCCACUCGCGAUUCUUCCCGAUUUGCCGGUGUUAAAACCUUUAGCGAGAAGUUCUCUCAGCCAGAAGUAGAUGCAGAAGGAAGAGUUAGAAAGAUUGAGACCAGGGAAGAUGAAGAACAAAAUGUUAAAAUGGCAGAAACUGUGGAACUCCUCCUGGCUGCAGGAUACUUCAGAGCAAGAAUCAAAGGGCUAUCACCAUUUGACAAGGUUGUUGGCGGCAUGACAUGGUGCAUAUCAGUCUGUGACUUUGACAUAGAUGUGGAUCUUCUUUUUCAAGAAAAUUCCACCAUUGGACAAAAGAUAGCCUUGACUGAGAAGAUUGUUGCUGUACUUCCACGCAUGAAAUGUCCUCAUCGCCUUGAGCCCCAUCAAAUCCAAGGCUUGGAUUUCAUCCACAUUUUCCCAGUGAUACAGUGGCUGGUGAAGAAGGCAAUUGAAAGAAAAGAAGAAAUGGGUGACUACAUCAGAGAGUUUUCUGUGUCACAGUUCAACAAAUUUCACUCAACUCCACAGGACCUUGAAUUUAAUACAAAGAAGCCAAAGUGUAUAAAUGGAAUGAGGAGCCUCAAGGAUACAUACAAACCACGCAGAAGAUAUCGCAAACCAGAAUCCAUGGCACAAACUGAUGAAGAAACCCAGGUCAGGACGACACUUUUGGAGUAUGGCUGGCAAUAUGGAUUCAGCAAGGAACAGAGAGAUAAGGAGAAAGAACAGGCAGAGAAGAAAAAAGCUGCUGGAGCUUCAAUGCCAGGAAAAAUGCAGCCAGUGUCCUCUGGUGAAGAGGAUGAAUAUGUUGUUGAGCAGAAACGUCUGAAAUCAUUGCUGAAGGGAAUGUCUGUCAUGCAGGGGAAGGAGGGUUCACUUUCAUCAAGUGCAGUCGGCUCCAUCGUUGGUUUGCAGUCAGAAGAGAUCUCUCAGAUUGCCUCAGAGUAUGCUGAAAGGCAAGCAGAGCUACAAGAGGACAUGGAAGCCAGAGGUGAGCGAAUGGGAGGAGUACAGGCUCACAAAAGAAUGGUAGCAUCACUUGAGAAACAGAUUGCUGUACAGGAAAAGAAACUUGAACAGGUACAAGAGAAACAUAACAAACUGCAAGAAACUUUGUCUGAAGCAGAGGAACAGCUUUCACAGGUUGUAGCUCGUGGAGAGAGAAUUAGCGAGGAAAUGGAGAAGUUCAAUCAGAUGGAAAAUGGAGAAAAUGCAAGCAUUCUUCAGAAGCUUCGUUCCAUUGUUGCCAUGAAUGAGAAUUUGAAGAAACAAGAGCAGCAAUUCAGGGCGCACUGUAAGGAGGAAAUGGCUCGCUUGCAGAACAAUUUGGAAAAACUUAAAUCUCAAGGAUCUGAAGAUGACAUCGAAGAGAAGGAAAGAUUGGAGCUGAUCAGCAAACAAUACGAGGCUGAUAAAGCAAAGUUGGAAAAAAUAAGGCUUUUGCUGGCUCGAAAGAACCGUGAAAUAUCUUCGCUUCAGAGGAAGAUUGACGAGGUGCCUUCUCGUGCAGAGCUGACUCAGUAUCAGAGAAGAUUUGUGGAACUCUACAAUCACGUGGCUGGAACUCAUAAGGAAACGAAGCAGUUUUUCACUCUUUACAACACUUUGGAUGACACGAAGCUGUACUUGGGGAAGGAGGUUAACUUGCUUAACUCCAUCCAUGACACCUUUGAACAAGGUAUGUCAUCUCCGAUGAACAAGGAACAGUUCCUGAAGCAGUUUGACAAAAUCGUGACGGGAAUUGUGGACAACAAACAAAGGAUUGAGAAGAAGAAAGCUGUUGAGAAACAGCGUAGAGACGCCUUGAAUCAAAAAUAUCUAGAGAUAGUGGAGCAAGAGAGAUUGUACUUCAAAACAGUUAAAGAUUUUACGGAGGAAUGUCGCAAGAAUGAGGUCCUCUUAUCCAAGUUCAAAAGUCUUCAGAUUUCUUAGUUCCUAAAAGGUGUUUAC